AAGUUUCUUCCGCUUUAUAAAUUUGCGCCCAACAGAAAUUUAUCAAUCGCCUCCAAGAGAAUAGAGGAAUAGCGUGCGUUUUCGCCUUGACCCUCUAGUCACUUGCCGGUCACUUUCGCUACCAUGUACGACGAUGUGCCGCAAGAUCAAUAUAACCAAGAAUGUAUAGUGCCGAUGUUGGACCUGAAUGGCCUCAAAGUGAUGUCUCCGCUCGGCCGUGGAGCGAAAGGCGUGGUUUUUUUGGUCAAAGAAGAUGUGUUUGGUGAGUUGUGGGCUUUGAAGGUUAUAUUGAGGGAUUUGGUGGAGAAGAAGAAUAAGGAUGUUUCCGAUGGGAGUGAAUACAAGAGAAUUUGCUUUGAACGGCAAGUUUUGAGCCAGUUUAAGCAUCCGCUUUUACCAAGAUUGCGUGGUGUUUUGGCCACAGACAAAAUUGUCGCUUACGCUAUUGAUUUUUGUCCUGGACGUGACCUUAAUCAGUUGAGAAAGCAACAGAGUGAGAAAAUGUUCUCCAUCGAGAUGAUCAGGUUUUAUGCCGCUGAAUUGGUUCUGGCAUUGGAGCAUCUUCACAGUCUAGGCAUAGCCUACAGAGAUUUGAAACCUGAAAACAUCCUCAUUCAAGAAAAUGGCCAUAUAAUGCUCGUAGAUUUCGAUCUCUCCGCUAAGCUCAAUCCAAAAUCACCUCAGACUUCUCCUAUUUCUAACUCAAAUAAUCCCAAACCCCACUCGUCUCACAAAAAGCGAUUCUCUCCAUUUCACAGCUGCUGCAAUUCAGGUGUCUUGCCCGACGACUCAUCAGAACGCGAUCUUAGCACGUUACCUCUCGAGUCAGACACUACCGAAAAGUCCAACUCGUUCGUGGGAACCGAAGAGUACGUGUCGCCGGAAAUAAUCCAAGGGAACGGGCACGAUUUCGCGGUGGACUGGUGGUCGUUAGGAGUCGUACUAUACGAGAUGUUGUACGGAGUGACGCCGUUUAAGGGAGAAAAUAGGAAGGAUACAUUUUUCAAGAUUUUAACGAAGUCGCCGGAUCUCGUGGGGGAAGCAUCGCCGUUGAGGGACUUGAUAGGAAAGUUACUGAUGAAAGACCCGAAGAAAAGGAUCAGAGUUGAAGAAAUCAAGCGCCAUGAAUUUUUUAGGGGCACCAAUUGGGAUUUGAUACCGCAAAUGUCGCGGCCGCCGUACAUUCCGCCGGCGAGUCAUGAAUUUUGGGAAAGGGAGGCUAUGGAGGGAAUAAUGAAAAUUGAUUUAGAGUCUUUUGUCCAGAGAAUAUUUGGCGGUGAUGAAGUUGAAAAACAGGAAAAAGUUACGAAUCAGGAAGAUGAGAACACGGAGAACAAAGCGUGGGUCAAAGGACUCGAUAAUUACCCUCAGGGAACUGAUGAUUUUAUUGUUUUUUAAUUAUUAUUAUUAAUUAAUUCUUUUGGUUGAUAAUUUUAAUCUUUAAGAUGUAUAAAUGCCAGAUGGAGGUAACAUAGUUUUGGAGUAAUAAUCAAAAUCAUGACAAAUAUUUUUUUGUAGCUUAA